GGAGCGAGGGGGAAAUGAAAUUGAAUGGGGAUAAAUAACUCGGCGCCGGCGACAGCCUCUGCCACAGCUCAGAAUCCUCCCCUCGGUCCCCGAGCCCCCACAAUCGAUUGCUCAAUCUUCGAGCUGAGCUCUUGUGAUUGAGAUCUCGCUAUAAUUUCCAGCUCGGCCCGCCGCGAGCAGCCUUUCCGUUCCUUCUGUUCUGCUUGGCUUUCUUGCUUGAGCUGAGCUUUGCUUCUUCGUUUCUGAGCUGAGCUGAUUUGGAGCUUUGAGCUGGUUUGGUGGUGGUGGGAUGUCGCGGCGGCUGUCGUUGCCGGCGGCUUCGCCGGUGACGGUGACGUUGUCGCCGGGCCGUGGUGGCGGGGGGAGCCCCGGUGAUGGGGUGGUGAGGAGGGGGUCCGCGCUCACGAGCCCCGUGCCCAGACACUCCAUUGGAUCAUCGUCUUCCACGGCGACGUUGCAGGUCUCGCCGGUGCGCCGGAGCGGGGGCAGCCGGUACCUGGGCGCGUCGAGGGAUGCCGACGCGAGCGCCGAGUUCGUGCACUACACCGUGCACAUCCCGCCGACGCCGGACAGGAACGCGGCGUCAACGGACGCGCCGCCGCCGCCCGUCGCCGCGUCCGAAGAGGACCGGCCGCAGAGGAGCCACGUGUCCGCCACCAUCUUCACCGGCGGGCUCAACUGCGCGACGCGCGGCCACGUGCUCAGCAGCUCCGUCGACGGCGGCGGCGCUCGCCCGGCCGCGUCCUUGAACAUGUGCUGCAAGAUGCGCGGCUGCGACAUGCCGGCGUUCCUCGACGCCGGGCGCCCGCCCUGCGACUGCGGGUUCAUGAUCUGCCAGGAGUGCUACAUGGAUUGCCUCGCCGCCGCCGCCGGUAACGGCAACUGCCCCGGCUGCAAGGAGGCCUACUCCGCCGGCAGCGACACCGACGACGCCGACUCUGCUGACGAGGACGAGGACGUGUCCUCGUCCGAGGAGAGGGACCAGAUGCCCAUGACGUCCAUGGCGAAGCAGCGCUUCUCCAUGGUGCACUCCAUCAAGAUGCCCACGCCCAGCGGCAACGGCAAGCCGGGCGAGUUCGACCACGCCCGCUGGCUCUUCGAGACCAAGGGCACCUACGGCUACGGCAACGCUCUCUGGCCCAAGAACAACGGCCAUGGCGCCGCCGCCGCCGGUGCCACCAGCGGCUUCGUCGGCAUCGAGGAGCCGCCCAAUUUCGGCGCCCGCUGCCGCCGCCCCCUGACCAGGAAGACCAGCGUCUCCCAGGCCAUCCUCAGCCCUUACAGGAUGCUGAUCGCGAUCCGGCUGGUGGCGUUGGGCUUCUUCCUGGCGUGGCGGAUCCGGCACCCGAACCCGGAGGCGAUGUGGCUGUGGGCGCUGUCCGUGACGUGCGAGGUCUGGUUCGCGCUCUCAUGGCUGCUCGACAGCCUCCCCAAGCUCUGCCCCGUGACCCGCGCCUGCGACCUCGCCGUGCUCGCCGACCGCUUCGAGUCCCCCAACGCCCGCAACCCCAAGGGCCGCUCCGACCUGCCAGGGAUCGACGUCUUCGUCUCCACCGCCGACCCGGACAAGGAGCCCCCCCUCGUCACCGCCAACACCGUGCUCUCCAUCCUCGCCGCCGACUACCCCGUCGAGAAGCUCGCCUGCUACGUCUCCGACGACGGCGGCGCUCUGCUCUCCUUCGAGGCGCUCGCCGAGACCGCCAGCUUCGCGCGCGUCUGGGUGCCCUUCUGCCGGAAGCACGGCGUCGAGCCGCGCUCGCCUGAGGCCUACUUCGGGCAGAAGCGGGAUUUUCUGAAGAACAAGGUGCGGCUGGACUUUGUCCGCGAGAGGAGGAAGGUCAAGAGGGAGUACGACGAGUUCAAGGUGAGGGUCAACUCGCUCCCAGAGGCCAUCCGCCGGCGCUCCGACGCCUACAACGCCGGCGAGGAGCUCCGCGCCAGGAGAAGGCAGCAGGAGGAUGCCAUGGCCGCCGCCGGCGCCUCGCUGGGCACCACCGUCCGGUUGGAAGAGACCGCGGCCGUGAAGGCGACGUGGAUGUCUGAUGGCUCCCAGUGGCCCGGCACCUGGCUCGCCGGCGCCCCCGACCACUCCCGCGGCGACCACGCAGGCAUCAUCCAGGCUAUGCUGGCGCCGCCGACGUCGGAGCCGGUGCUGGGCGGGGAGCCGGGGGAGCUGAUCGACACGACGGGGGUGGACAUCCGGCUGCCGAUGCUCGUCUACGUGUCCAGGGAGAAGCGGCCGGGGUACGACCACAACAAGAAGGCGGGCGCCAUGAACGCGCUGGUCCGGACGAGCGCCAUCAUGUCCAACGGGCCCUUCAUCCUCAACCUGGACUGCGACCACUACGUGCACAACUCGGCGGCGCUCCGGGAAGGGAUGUGCUUCAUGCUGGACCGCGGCGGCGACCGCGUCUGCUACGUGCAGUUCCCGCAGCGCUUCGAAGGGAUCGACCCAAACGACCGCUACGCCAACCACAACCUCGUCUUCUUCGACGUGGCCAUGCGCGCCAUGGACGGGCUCCAGGGCCCCAUGUACGUCGGCACCGGCUGCGUCUUCCGCCGCACCGCGCUCUACGGCUUCAGCCCGCCGCGCGCCACCGAGCACCAUGGCUGGCUCGGCAGGAGGAAGAUCAAGCUGUUCCUCAGGAGGAAGCCCACCAUGGGGAAGAAGACGGACAGGGAGAACAACAACGAGCACGAGGUGAUGCUGCCGCCGAUCGAGGACGACGACCACAACCAGCUCGGCGACAUCGAGUCCUCGGCGCUGAUGCCGAAGCGGUUCGGCGGCUCGGCGACGUUCGUGUCGUCGAUCCCCGUGGCGGAGUACCAGGGGAGGCUGCUCCAGGACAUGCCCGGCGUGCACCAUGGCAGGCCGGCCGGCGCGCUCGCCGUGCCCCGGGAGCCGCUGGACGCGGACACGGUCUCCGAGGCCAUCGGCGUGAUCUCGUGCUUCUACGAGGACAAGACGGAGUGGGGGCGGCGCAUCGGGUGGAUCUAUGGGUCCGUGACGGAGGACGUGGUGACGGGCUACCGGAUGCACAACCGCGGGUGGCGCUCCGUGUACUGUGCGGCGACGACGGCUCGCCGGGACGCCUUCCGCGGCACGGCGCCCAUCAACCUCACCGACAGGCUCCACCAGGUGCUCCGCUGGGCCACGGGCUCAGUCGAGAUCUUCUUCUCCCGGAACAACGCCAUCUUCGCGUCCCCCAGGAUGAAGCUCCUGCAGCGGGUCGCCUACUUCAACGUCGGCAUGUACCCGUUCACCUCGGUGUUCCUCCUCGUCUACUGCGUGCUCCCGGCCGUGUCGCUCUUCACCGGCAAGUUCAUCGUCAGCCACCUCAACGCAACCUUCCUGGUGUUCCUGCUCGUCAUCACCAUCACGCUCUGCCUGCUGGCGCUGCUGGAGAUCAAGUGGUCCGGGAUCACGCUGCACGAGUGGUGGCGCAACGAGCAGUUCUGGGUCAUCGGCGGCACCAGCGCACACCCGGCCGCCGUGCUGCAGGGGCUCCUCAAGGUCGUCGCCGGGGUCGACAUCUCAUUCACGCUCACGUCCAAGCCCGGCGGUGCCGACGACGGUGACGACGACUCCUUCGCCGAGCUCUACGAGGUCAGGUGGAGCUUCCUCAUGGUGCCGCCCGUGACCAUCAUGAUGGUGAACGCCCUGGCCAUGGCCGUGGCGACUGCGAGGACGCUGUACAGCGAGUUCCCGCAGUGGAGCAAGCUGCUGGGCGGCGCCUUCUUCAGCUUCUGGGUGCUCUGCCACCUCUACCCGUUCGCCAAGGGCCUCCUGGGACGCCGGGGGCGCGUGCCGACCAUCGUCUUCGUCUGGUCCGGGCUCAUCUGCAUGAUCCUGUCCCUGCUCUGGGUCUACAUCAGCCCGCCCGCCGGCGUCAGGGAGGGCAUCGGCGGCUUCAGCUUCCCCUAGUAUCAAGUUUAUCUGAACUGAAGAAGAAGCUCACAUGAAGGAGUACUCGCUUCAUGGGGUUUUCAGGUGUUGUUAGUUAAUGAUUAAAUUACUGUUUGGUGCUGGAUUGUUAAGCAGCUGAGCUCUGCUGCUGCUUUUACCAGGAUUUUAAAAGCUUUAGCUAUACUAUAUCUAACUAUUGUGACUGUAUACUGUGACUGUUGCUACUGUCCUAGUGUAUCAUUGUUAUUCAUCUGUCAAUUGAGCAAUUUCAGACAUGGCAGCAGAAAUGCUGAACAUUGCAAGUACUAUUCAUCUGUCAAAA